AUGAUUUCGAACGCUCGUGUCAAGGAGUUCUUCGACAUUGAAAUGGCCACGUGUACCAAUCCAAACACCGACAAAUUCCUAAUUCAAUUUCCUGGUGCAAUAAACCACACAUUCAAGGACAACGUGGUCAGUUUGCACGGAAACUUUACCGUAACGGAAGUGAUUCAGGAACCACUGGAGUUUAUAGUGGUCGCCCACCGGUGCACGAUGAACAUGAAGACGUGCGAACCGUUCAACACGAUCGCCCUGUCCCGCAUCUGUACGUACAUCAACGACGAAAACGGAAUGCUGGCGUCGUUUUUCAGGACGAUGGAACCGAACCUGCGGUGUCCGAUACGGCCGGGCCUGUACCGGUUCGUAAAUUCGACGAUGAAUUUGAAAUUUUUCGCCGCCUUUCCCAUCGAGGGCUACCGUUGGCAGGCCAGCCUUAAGCUGUACUCCAAGGAGAAGGGCAUCAAACGGGAGCUGUACUGCCUUUCCGGACACGCUUCGAUGAAGUGGGUAAGGAAAGCUUAA